AUCUGCUCAAUGGGAUCAAGGAAAAAUGUGAUCAGGUGGAAAAUGCUCAAAGAAGAGCAAUGAUGGAGGCAAAGAUGUGUGUGUGCUCUGUGUGUGGCUGGCGGACGACCAGUGCUGGCUAUCUCAAUGUACAUAUGAGAAAGCAUAAAGUAGAGUCACAUGUGUGUACUAUAUGUGGCAGGGCGUUUAAGGAGACGUGGUACCUUAAAAAUCACAUGCGGUCCCAUAUUAAUGAGUUGUCGUACCAGCCAUUGAUGGACAAGCCAAUUCAUAACAAACCGACAAGUGAUGUCCAGAUUUUUUCAUCUUCCAGGCUGGGAAUGGCCACACAAGAGCAUAAAGAGUCGAUUUUAUCGUACUGCAUGUGUCAGUAUUGCGGGCAGAUGUUUCACGUCGAUAAGUUAUCGUCUCAUGCCCGUUCAUGCAGUUUUCCACACAAAAAUCCUAUAAAAUCAGCGUCGGAAAAGGAACAGUUCAUGCUUUCAUUGGACCUGGUUCCUUCUUGUUGUAAAAAAGAAGAAAUGGUCCCAAAACCAGAACAGAAGUUCAAUCCAACCAUCGGCUGUAUUAACGUAGCAACCAAAAGUUUGGAAACAAACGAUUUAGAAGAAAAUCUAAAUCCUGGAAAUGUGCAAAGAACAGCGAUCGGGGGCGUGGAAAAUUCAAUUCCAAACCAUCAGAAUGGUUUCCAGAAUUCAAUUCAAUCACUGGAGGCGCACAACGAGAGCUUUAUCUCCGCACAGAAGUUGAAGCCUUACCGCAACCCUGCCAUGCAGUCUCUUGCCAGCAUCGGAAAGUCGCUUACCGAUAAAAAUUACUUCCAAACACAAGUCGUACAAAGUCAUGAAAUGAAUAGCAUCAAUGAUAUGUCCAAUACCCAGCAGAACGGAUACAAAUGCAAUUUCUGUCCAAAGUGGUUUAAAUACCGCAGUGUUCUCGGCAUACAUAUGCGGUCCCAUACAGGGGAGCGACCGUACAAAUGUCAGUACUGUGGGUAUGCUGGAACACAACAUAACUGCCUGAAACUUCACCUUCAAAGGCACCAUCCAAAGGAAUACAAUGCAAUGCAAGAUCCUGGUUUGAAGCCAUCACAGCAGCAUAUAUCUUACGCACGUUCUCAAGACGAUAUCAAGCAGGAGAAUGAGAUUUUAGUCGGAGCUUCAAAGUUUUCUCCAGCGAGAUGUCCCAUCUGUGGUAGAGUGUCACCCUCACCAGGAUAUCUCAAAAUACACAUGCGCUCGCACAAGAAGACCCUGGACCACGUGUGCAACAUUUGCGGACGUGGGUUCAAGGAGUAUUGGUACCUCAGCACUCAUCUACGUACACACGAUCGUGAAGGUUUCAACGCCGCGCCUGUUGAAUCAAAUUGUAAUAAAAUCACAUACCAACCAACCAAGCAACAAAAUCAACCAAUUCAACAUCAUCAACAACAACAACAACAACAACAACAACCAAGAAUGGACAACGAAAUCAACCCAGCGGUGCAAAUGUUGAUCAAAAAUCACAUCAAGCGUCCGAAACUGGAGCUUCAGGAUUCCCAAUCCUCCUGGUGUCCUCUUGAUCUUCAUGAGGACAUUCCCGCAUCCUUUCCCUCCUCCUCCCAGCAUCUUACCAUCCAGGAGCCGAAACCGGCUCAUGUGAGCAGAAGAAAGUCCUCCCAGCCAUCCAGACACACGGUGGAGCGUUAUGUGGAGGAGGCUCCGGUUCCUCCAGUGAGAAGCAGGAAGUCUCGUCCUCGUAAGCUAUCAAGGACCUCUUACAUGGCUCCCGUGUUCCAAACACUAUCGACCGAAAAUGAGGAAAAUGAGGAUAAUAAUGAAUUUAAGACCGUGCAGAUGAAUUUUGACACGCAACAAACUGAACGCUCUGACGACCAGCCGUUAGAUCUGAGUGUUGCCGCUCCAUUUUCUCGCAAUCAACUACAAGUUUCAGAGUCCGGCAACACUGAAAUUGAUGAACCCUUAAAUCUUGUGAUAAAAGAAUAAACAAAUUCACUGUUUUUUACUCACUUAAUGUAAUAUUAAUAAGCGCCCUAUACUUAUACUUACAGUAAUAAUUCGUACUAGACAGGACUACUUUUUACACCGAAUGAAAUACUGCAAUAAGCAAAGAACUAAUGUCUCAGCAAUAUCUUCCACCAUUGCUUCACAAAUUGUGUUUGAACUACGUAACCACUUUUUGCACUGCAUGUGUACUAAACACCAAACAAAACUAAAAUUCUGACGUUUUUUUUCGCCCGACAGUUUUUCCAAGACUUUUUAUGGAUAUCUGUUUUAUAAUCUGCUUGCCAGCAUAAAAUGCUUGUUUUUUUACCGCCUAGAUAAAGCGCUGCCACUUUUUUAGCUUCGAGCAUCAGUGGUUGUUUUAAACAACCCUUUCAAGUUUUUUGCUGCUGUGUAUCGUCUAUAUUUACCAAUGAAAUUUUCAGCAAGAAAUAUCGUGAUUUUUUUUUGCCAUUUUUUUCAUAAUGAUCAAAUUCAGCUUGUUAUAAAGACAGUGUUUAUUCAAUCAAUGGUGCUUUUCCCUUUACCCAUUAAGCAUUAUACCCAGUUUCCCACAAGAAGUUUACUAUACUUGUACCAAAUGAUUGUGUUUUUUUGAAUACGCAUGAUUUAAAUAGAACAAGCAAACAAAA